AUGGUCAAUAAGAGCAUUGAUCCCAUACUAAAUUUCAACUUGGUUUGCUGCGUCGGCGGCGGCUUCAUUGCUCUCUUUGGACUGGUUUCAUAUCUUCUGAAAGAGGGAUUUUAUGUGACGGAACCGCUUGUGUCUCUCUGCGCCGGAGUUUUCCUAUCGCCAUACGGUAUUCGUCUCAUCCGCCCACAUGAAUACGCCAGCUCUCCAGAAGCGCUCGCUACUGUCACCCUUUGCUUCACGCGCCUCGUCCUGGGAAUCCAACUUGUUAUAGCUGGAAUACAGCUGCCCAGCAGAUAUCUCAAGACAGAAUGGCAGAGCCUGGCCAUCUUGCUCGGCCCUGGAAUGUUGGGCAUGUGGGUCAUUACCAGCUUUCUGGUAUGGCAACUCGUGCCAGACCUCGGUCUGGUCCAGAGCCUUAUCGUCGGUGCUUGCGUGACGCCAACUGAUCCUGUCCUUUCGAAUUCGAUUGUGAAGGGAACAUUUGCUGACAAGCACAUGUCGAGACCACUUCAAAAGAUAAUUAUUGCAGAAUCAGGCGCCAAUGACGGUCUUGGCUACCUUUUCCUCUUCCUCCCGCUAUAUCUGGUCAAAUUCGCUGGUCAAGAAGGUGGAACAUCAACGGCGGUGACCUCCUUUCUGAGCGUGACUUGCUUGUACACCAUCUUGCUAAGCGUUGUUUAUGGCGCUGUUGCAGGCUGGGCGGCGAAACAUCUGCUCUUCUGGGCAGACAGAAGACGCAUGGUCGAUAAAGAAAGCCUCCACCUAUUUGCCAUAGCUCUAGCUCUCUUGAUCAUAGGUACUGUCGGACUCAUCGAUGCGGACGAUGUAUUGGCCUGCUUCGUAGCGGGAAACACCUUCACCUGGGAUGAUUGGUUUCGCGAGCAGACAGAGCAUGAUUCCCUUCAGCCUAUCAUGGACUUCCUCCUCAACGUGGCUGUGUUCAUGUGGCUUGGCGCCGUGUGUCCGUGGGAAAAGUUCUUUUCUGGGGACGUCAUACCAAGCUCUCGACUCAUUCUGCUCGGUAUUCUGGUUCUUCUCCUUCGUCGCCUGCCAGUCAUAAUCGCUCUCCAAAAACAGAUUCCUCAAAUCCGCAGCUUCCGCCACGCGCUUAUCAUGGGCUUCUUUGGCCCAAUCGGCAUAAGCGCAAUUUUCUAUCUGUAUGUCACGCAGGACUUUUUGCUCCGCAUCCAACUCGAACAUCCAGAGCGGGAGGACUGUAUCGCGUUGGCUCAAGUGACCCUGGUCAUAGUAUGGUUUCUCGUGAUUUCUAGCGUCGUCGUACACGGACUGGCCAUUCCUCUCGGUAGCCUUGCGCUAUUGUCUCCACGUGUGUUCAACAGUAUUAGGCGCUUGGGUACUGACAAAGACGACUCAGCCCGAAGAAUCAACAGGGACAAUACUGCCGCGGAGACUCAGCCUUUACUUCCUGAGCCUUGA